UUUUCCUGUAGUACCCUCCCAUCAGUGAGCAGCUUCCCCGGCUCUGUAUAGUUCUCCUCCAAUGCCAUGAAAGAUUACAGGAGGGGAGGGAUGAACUAGCGCCGAGUAGAAGGCAGCCGGAGCAUAGAGACACAGCAGUAGCAAAGAAAGGCAGAGUCACGGGGGAAAGAUAGAGUGGAAUCCAUUGCUAACCGGCCUUCUCUGAAUAGCACCCGUUGAUCAGAAUUACAGAGGUACACGACAACAAGAGCAUCAAAGUACCGAGAGAGCUGGCUACUGUGACUAGCAUCUACUCUCUUUAUCGUUCUUUCAGCAUCUCCUUCCUCCAGUUGAAUGAUGGGGCCGCCACUGGGCCUCGGCCAGGAUGCAUGUUAAUUGCUGUCAGUGAUGGCUGUGACCCCCGGCUGUACCGCUCAGCUCAUCCCUUCUUCCUUCUGCGGCUCAGCAAUAGCCCUCUGCCCAGCCGAGCCGGAUAAACAGAUCUGUCCUGUCACCUGUGACACCCACAACCAGGGCAGUUGCAGCAGAGGGGUGUCAUUACAUAGACUACCGACAAUUGUCAUUAAGAGCAAGGAGGGAGGUGACGGGGUGCGUGCCCGGGCUUGGAAGUGACAAGGCGACUAGUUCUCCUGUGUCCUACGCGUACAGCGCAUCUGGGUACUGCGCACAGGGAGGGUGACGUCCAUCUGCCCGUGCAGAUCUUCUGGAGGUUACAGCUGUUUGAUCUCAGCGGGAGAGCCCUUGUCUCCCUGAGAGAGGGAAGCAAAUCUCACACGUUUGGAGGAGUGGAGGUGGGCUGAGGACUAGAGGAGGAGAAUAAAAAUGCACCAGCCGGAUCAAGCCGCAGAUAUUACGGCCAGAAAGAUGUCGCACCCGGCAGAUCUCCCCAGAAGGGGUAGUGGCACCUCGUCUUUGAUGAAUGUAUCCGCAGGUCCUGGGGUUGCUGGACACGUCUUGUCUGCAGAUGACUACCCGUCUUCUAUAUUGAUGCAGCCCCCUCCUCCUCCUCCCGCAGCAGCAUCAUCUCCUGGACCUCAACAGCAUCCUCCUCAAACCUUGAACUUGAUGCCCCAGACACUUGGUCAGAGUGGGGCACAGAUUAAGAAGAAGAGUGGGUUUCAGAUCACCAGUGUCACUCCUGCUCAGAUUUCAGCCAGCAUGAGCUCUAAUAAUAGUAUAGCUGAAGACACUGAGAGCUAUGAUGAUUUAGAUGAAUCUCAUACUGAAGAUCUAUCAUCUUCUGAAAUUUUGGAUGUAUCUUUAUCUAGAGCUACAGACCUAGGAGGCCCUGAGAGAAGCUCAUCAGAAGAGACCCUUAAUAACUUCCAAGAAGCAGAGACACCUGGUGCUGUUUCUCCAAAUCAACCUCACCUACCCCAGCACCAUUUACCUCCACAUGUUCAACAGAAUAUCAUAAUUAAUGGGAAUGUACACCACCAUCACCAUCUGCAUCAUCAUCCUGGGUCUCACAAUCCUCACCCAGGUAUAUCUGGUUCCUCUUUACCAGUAGCUGCUGUUGUAAAUGCUGCAGCUGUAAAAUUGGCUACAGCAGGGAGUUCUGAUAGCACUGGUAUAACAGCACCUGCCCCUUCUGUUGCACAGCUUGCAGGCUCUAUACCACCUGUUGUGCGCAAAACAAGUGGCCCUGUAAGUUCAGGUGUCAGUCCUUCCACAGGUAAUAGUGUGACAACCAAUGCUAAUAUUUCAGGAAUGAGUGGUGUGACCAGUGCAGUGCCCAGUGGAAAUUUAAAUACCAGUAGCAUAACAAGCACUGGUAAUGCAUCUGUUGUGUCUGGAAACAUUAAUACAAAUAUACAAAGUUCUUUUGGGAAUGGUGGUUCCACUGUUUCAUCUGGCACCAUUAGCAAUGUUUCAGGUGCAACUGCUGCUGGACCAGCUGUAGGGCAGCAGCAGCAGCCAGCACCUUCAGCUGUAACCUCAAGGUUUAGAGUUGUAAAAUUAGAUUCCAGUACUGAACCUUUUAAGAAAGGCAGGUGGACGUGUAUGGAGUUUUAUGACAAAGAAAAUUUAGCAGCUGCUUCAGAUGUAGCUGUAAUCAACAAAGCUGUAGAGAGCGUUAAACAAAACCCACUUGAAGUGACAUCUGAGAGGGAGAGCACCAGUGGGAGUUCAGUCAGCAGCAAUAUAAGCACUCUGAGUCAUUACACAGAAAGUGUUGGAAGUGGAGAAAUGGGGGUGCCUGCAAUACAACAACAAGGAUUUCAAGGGUUGGGACCUCCACAUAUGGAUUUUAGUAGUACUGUAACUCAGAAUGUCCCUGCACCUAACCUACCACAGAGUAUUUCCCAACCUCAACUUGCACAGUUACAAAUUCAUUCACAAGACCCUACAUAUUCUCCUCAGAAACAAGCAGUACCAUCUGCUCAAGCUACUUUAAAUGCUUCUACAGGUGUUCAAACAGGCCAGGUUAAUAUGCUUAGUGUACCAUCUUCCUUAGGACAUCAACAACUAACACUAACUAAUAUGAUCCCUCAACAGUUGCCAUAUACUCAACAGACGCAACCCAUUCAAAGUUUGCCAGCUGUCCCACAACAACAGUUACAAUAUGCACAUCAACAAGCUGCACCAACUCAGAUGACCUCUGGGCAUGUCAUGCCAGUGAAUCAAACUCCUGUUCCUGGGAAUUUACCAGAAUACCUACAGCAUCCACAAUUAUUGCAAACAGCAAUGACCCCUGUACAGGCUAGUUCUACAGGAGCUGGAAAUCCUGCAACUGUUCCUGUUCAAGCACAAGUUAUGCAGGCGCAAAUACAGUCUACAACAACACAAGCUCCACCAUCAAUGGCUCCAAUUCAACCUGUGGCACAGGCAACUUUACCUGCAGCAGGCUCUCAGGCUUUGGGUGUUGCCCAACAAGGAAACCUACCUACCGCUGUGCAUCAGGCAACUGUUAGUCAAGCUUCAUCAUCCAUUUUGCAGCAGAGCAUACCGGCUCCAUCUCCACAGGUAUUGCCAGCACCACAAGGGAUACACGUUGGUGCUCCUGGCCUUCCCCAUCAAGUAAUAAUUGCACCUCAAAACCCUUUGCUGCCUACAAAGCCUCCAGCCCAAGUUAUUGAACCAGCUGUUCAAGGAAUGGCAAGUCAGCAGGUGCCUGCAGUUAGUCCUUUACUUACAGCCACUAAUAUACCCACUAUUCAACAAUUAAGUACUAGUACGCCCCCUGGAAUAUCUUCUGCAACAACAAAUUUGGGUCUACCACCAGCAGUCUCUCAACCAUCAGCUGCACCAAAUAGUAAUUUGGUUCAGAGUGGCAACCAAGUACCCGCGGUUGCAAGUAUGCCAGUAGCACAAAACAUGCCAUUUCAGAUGACAAGUGUUGGCCAUUUCCUUGCUCCAUCACUUAUUCAGUCGGUGGCAAACCAGAUUGUGGAUGCUAGGAGAUUAAUGGAGCAGUCAGUGGCUGGUUUACCCCAUAUCAGUGAAGGAACUGCUGUGGAUACUACUGGAGGCCUAGGAGGUGGAUCCUUUCUUCCUCUGAAGUCCCUACCUCUAUCAACAGCACCUCUAGUGGAUGGUGAAGAUGAAAGCUCAUCAGGUGCAAGCGUUGUGGCCAUAGAUAACAAAAUCGAGCAAGCCAUGGAUUUAGUGAAAAGUCACUUGAUGUAUGCUGUCAGGGAAGAAGUGGAGGUCCUUAAGGAGCAGAUCAAGGAGCUGAUUGAGAAGAAUUCACAGCUGGAGCAGGAAAAUAGUUUGCUGAAGACACUUGCCAGUCCUGAACAACUUGCCCAAUUCCAAGCUCAGCUUCAGAGUGGCUCUCCUCCUCCUUCCUCUUCAUCAUCCUGUACGCAGCCUGUAGGAAAUACCCCAGCACCUGCACAGCCAGCAUCACAAAGCUCUGGCCCAUCUGCAUAGCUACUUUGUCAUCAUCCCUGACACUCCUCCUAGUCAGUCCACUGUCCUAGGUUUUUCUGGGGACUUUAUCCACUUUGACUUUCCUAGUGAUUGUUUCAGCAAAAUGGCAGCAAAUAUAGAAGAGCUGAUUUAUGGUCAGGUCCACUAUGCAGAAGGGCAAAUUGUGUUACACUGUUUAAUGGUGAUAUUUACCGACUUUAACGCUUACACUUUGGAAUCUACGGAGGACAUGGCCAAAGUAGCAACUUUCUAUGGAAAUGAAGUGUCCUAAUCAUUUCAGUAAAACAAAACUCCAUAGAUUAUUUUUAUUAUUAUUUUUUUGACUCCUGGUUGUGCCUCUAAACUUGCAAGUUAUAUUUAAAGAGCAGGUACCAGCAGUGCCUCCCGCUAUAGCUGCCACUUCCAACUUGGCUGUAAUCAUCCCUUUUUUCUUUUCAGUAUUAAACCCCCCUCCCCAUCCCUAGACUGUUUGCAUGACUUGAAGAAAUAUCCUGAUUUUAAAGUGUGUUGAAUUUAUUUGGAAUUGCACAUAAUUCCAUUGUGGACUACAACAAAUUUUGUAAAUAAUUCAAGGAGCUAUUUAUUCCAUAUCCUGCUUUUUUAAAUUUUAAUUUGAUCAUCUUUAGCUGUGCUGUAAAUGACGCUAAAAUAUUUAGGCAUCAGGCUGUAGAUUGGAAUAGAGUCAAAAUAACAUGUUUGUUUUCCUUCUGCAGCUCAUAGAACUUUGUUAAAAAGCAACACACAAACCUACACACUUCAACAUGGUUAACAGAAUUGGAGUGUGUUCACUUUUUUCUUAUAUCUGUCAGUGGGUCUAUGGAUUCAAUUUAUUUUCUUUAAUCUGAGACUGAACAUUUGCUGAUCUGUUUGAAACAAAUAUGCUGUUGGAAGCUAGGAUUAUUUCAAUGAAGUUUAUUUGCCUCUUGUAUAUUUGUGUAUGUAGUGUAAGUACUCUGUAAUAUAGAACACUUGUAAGUACUAUUUAGGUUGUACAGAUUGAAAUUUAGUGGUUUCAUUGGCUGAACUGAAUUGUUUGAAUAGUCUUUUUUAUUUUAAAGCUGCUAUCCCCUUACGUACCAGAGGAUCGAUCCCAUGUUUUAUUUCUUCUGGCACUGAAGGUGUUAGUCAGGAAAACACCUGCUCAACUGUUUAGAACAUGGCAGAUUCAUGCCUUUUUUGUGUAUUGUUUUGUUUUUUUCUCUCCCAAAUUUGCCUUGGCUGGUGAUUAUCUUUUGAAGUAAGCCCCAGUUCAUUAAAGGUUUUGUUAUGGUUUAAACACUCCUGAUACUGACCACUUUCUGCUAACAAAAUGGAGUAUAUGAGCUGUAAGGUAGUAUGCAUACGUUGUGCAUGUUCUCUAAACAGUUGUAAAACGUCAAUGUAUUUAACUGUUGCACUUGUCAACUUUCAAUAAAGCAUACAUUGUUGAUAAA